AUGUGUUGUUUCUCCUGUGACUGUGAGUAUAUCGAGAACCCCGAGCAGAAGUGCGGGUUCUGGGAGUUCUUGACCUUCGUCUACGCCCUCAUCGACUACUUCAUCCCAAUCAGCCUGGUUUCGGUUCUACUCUGGGUCCUCCUCCGCCCCGACAACUUGCGGCCGCGGGUGGACGCUGCCGUCGUCGUCAGUUUCAGCCUCGACAACACAACCUCCUCGCUCAGCCUCGACAACACAACCUCCUCGCUCGACUACGACAACGCCAUGUAUCUGACCUUCCAGAACCUGCACAGACACCUCGACGUCCGGUACCUGGACCUCAUAGCGGUGGCAUCCUACAGCGGGACACGGCUUGGCCCGAGCGUCGACGUGCUGCCCAUCUUCGUCCAGCGCCCCAAGGCAUCCAACAUUGUCCACGCCAACUUCCAGGGCAGCGCCACUCCGCUAGCCCCGGCAGCAGCCGCGCUGUUCACCAGGGAGGCCACCAACGGCUCCUUCAACGUCCUCGUGACGGUGGACUCGACGUUCAUGUACAUGUUCCCAUUUCAGAAGACUGUCUACUACUUCGACCAUGAGUGCUACAUCCGUUUCCUGGCGGCGAACAGCGGUGUGACGCCGCCCGCUACCGUAUUGACGCCGGGGACGCUUUGCAGCGCCACAGCACGGUGA